UCCCUUCCUGAGCGGGAGGCCAUAGGUGGAGACGACGGGGGGCUGCCGUGACGUCAGCGAAUGCGGAAAGGAGCGCGCUGAGGCGUCUGCCCGGACCCGACCAUGGAAGCGGCGGAGCUGGAGCAGGAAGCGGUGAAGUUCGCGCAGCUGGCGGUGCAGCGGGACCAGCGAGGCCACUACCACGAAGCGGCCUUUUACUACAAGGAAGCUGCGCAGUCUUUGAUUUAUGCUGCAAUGGCAGGAUCAGUCUUGGAAAAUAUUCCAGAGAAAAUAAGUGAAUAUUUGGAAAGAGUUCAAGCCCUGUACUCAGCAGUGCAAAGAGUCGACCCCUUGAAGUCGAAGCAGCAGCUGGACUUGGAGCGGGCCCGUUUUCUGGUUACGCAGGCUUUUGACGAAGACGAGAAAGGCAACGGCGAGGAAGCGAUAGAGCUGUACACGGAAGCCGUGGAACUCUGCCUGAAAACGGCCAAUGAAACUUCAGAAACAGCUCUCCAGGCCAAACUGAAGCAGCUGGCUCGGCAGGCACUGGACAGAGCUGAAGCACUGAAGGAUUCAAAGCCGUCUCAGAAAGACAAGCCGGUCCCAGCGAAAGCAAAUCAGCAAGCCAGGACUUACUUUCCAUUAGGGCCCGAUUUUUCCUUGAACGAUAAGCCACAGGCAGUCAGAGCUGUGCAGGCCAGUGAACCUCAAGGUCAGCGAUACACCGCGGAGGAGAUUGAGGUGCUCAGGAAGACGUCAAAGAUCAACGGCAUUGAGUACGUCCCUUUCAUGAGCGUUGACCUCAGAGAGCGCUUUGCUUUCCCGGUACCUUUCUCAGAUAGAUGCGGCAAGCUGCCGUUGUCUCCGAAGCAGAAGGCAAUGUUUUCUCGCUGGGUGCGGCCCGAUGAGAUAACGAACAGCCCCACCAUGAUCUACACAGUGUCGAGCUUCAGCAUAAAACAGACAAUCGUGUCAGAUUGUUCCUUCGUAGCUUCUCUUGCUAUCAGUGCGGCUUACGAAAGACGAUACAACAAGAAGCUGAUUACCAGCAUUAUUUAUCCGCAGAAUAAAAAAGGAGAGCCGGAAUAUAAUCCGUGUGGGAAAUACAUGGUUAAGCUGCAUAUCAAUGGGGUCCCUCGGAAGGUGAUAAUCGAUGACUUGCUACCGGUAGAUCACAGCGGAGAACUUCUCUGCUCUUACUCCAACAACAAAAGCGAACUCUGGGUUUCCUUGAUAGAGAAAGCUUACAUGAAGGUUAUGGGAGGUUAUGAUUUUCCAGGAUCGAAUUCUAAUAUUGAUCUCCAUGCGUUGACUGGCUGGAUACCCGAAAGGAUUGCCAUGCACUCAGGCAACCAAACUUUUGACAAAGACAGUUCCUUCAGGAUGCUUUACCAAAGAUUUCGCAAAGGGGACGUGCUCAUUACAACGGCUACGGGAGUGAUGACCGAGGAGGAAGGAGAAAAGUGGGGUUUAGUACCAACCCAUGCCUACGCUGUUUUGGAUAUCAGAGAAUACAAGGGGCUUCGAUUCCUCCAGCUGAAAAAUCCCUGGAGCCACCUCCGAUGGAAGGGAAGAUACAGUGAAAAUGAUAUGAAGAACUGGACGCCGGAACUUCAGAAAUACUUGAAUUUUGAUCCCAGGACGGCCCAGAAAAUAGACAACGGGAUUUUCUGGAUUGCGUGGGAAGAUCUAUGCAAGUAUUACGAUGUUAUAUACUUGAGCUGGAACCCGAGUCUUUUUAAAGAAUCAACAUGUAUUCACAGUACCUGGGAUGCAAAACAGGGCCCUGUGAAAGAUGCAUACAGCCUAGCUAACAACCCACAGUACAAACUGGAGGUUCAGUGCCCACAAGGUGGGGCUGCAGUUUGGAUCCUGCUCAGCAGACACAUUACGGACAAGGAUGACUUUGCCCACAACCGGGAGUUCAUCACGAUGGUGGUAUACAAAACAGAUGGGAAAAAGGUUUAUUAUCCUGCCGAUCCUCCUCCAUAUAUCGACGGGAUUCGAAUCAACAGCCCCCACUAUCUCACCAAGAUCAAGCUGACUUCUCCGGGAACCCAUACAUUUACUCUGGUGGUUUCUCAGUACGAAAAGCAGAACACGAUUCACUACACGCUCAGGGUGUAUUCGGCGUGCAAGUUUAACUUCUGCAAGAUCCCGACCCCGUAUACUAUAUCCAAACGGGUAAAUGGGCAGUGGAAAGGUCAAAGCGCUGGCGGGUGUGGGAAUUUCAGAGAGACCGCCAAGAACAAUCCUAUUUACCAGUUCCAGUUGGAAAAGGCCGGUCCCCUCCUCAUUGAGCUACGAGGACCAAGGCAAUACAGUGUUGGCUUUGAAGUGGUGACAGUCUCUGCAGUGGGAGAGCAAGGCUUUCAGAAGAAAAACAGCGGUGAUUACAGGUGUGGGUUUUGCUACCUAGAACUCGAAUGUCUCCCUGCUGGCAUUUACAAUAUUAUUCCAAGCACUUUCCUCCCUCAGCAGGAAGGACCCUUUUUCUUGGACUUUAAUAGCGUUACCCCUCUUAAGACAUCACAGCUGCAAUGAGGUCACCCAUUUCAAUGACUCUCUUUCGACGGAUGCGGCAGACCCAGCACCUUAAGACUCUUUUAAACGCUGGAGGGCAAUCGAAAGAACCUACCUAAGGGGGAAAAAUGUUUACAUGGGCUGUGCAAAACAAAUCUGGACUUUCUCAAAGGGAAUUGCACCCUGAAGUUGGAGCGGAUAACCGAUGCUGUGGAUUGAUUUCGAACACCUACAGGUUUCUACCACAUAUGCACUUUUAUAAGGUCAGGUGUUCAUUGUCCAUAGGAAUCUCUCUUAGCCUAGAAGUGGCCAACUGGAGGGCAGGCCAAGGGAAUUGCUUGUUUGUCUAAAAUGUCCUUGCUUUUUGCAUGGCUUUCCUUAUAAGAAUAUUUUCAUCACGUUUGGGCUUUAAAACGUUUGCCUCCCACCAACUCCCCUCCUUACAGGUUUGGUUUUUCCAAAUACACCAGUGAAACAG